CUUUGAAUCAUAGAGAAAAUGAACCAAAAGGUUUGAUUCCGAGAGAGAAAGAAUUAGGAUAUAUAAACUCUCGGACCAAGCUGCUCUCAGCAAUGGAUCAUAGCAGUGUAGCUCCGGUGACGGUCGAUACCGGCCUCGUUGUGGACGUUGCUCCUCCGGCUAGGAAGACGAAGAAACCCUCAAGGGGUGGAUGGAGCUCCGCAAUCUUCAUCAUUUUUGUCGAGGUGGCAGAGAGGUUCGCGUACUACGGGCUUGUGGGGAACCUCAUCACCUACCUGAUGAAGGAGCUGGGGCAGCCGAUGGCCGCGGCUGCUCAGAACGUGAACAUAUGGGUUGGGGUGUCAUCCCUAUUUCCAGUGGCCGGAGCCCUUGUCGCUGACUCCUAUCUCGGCCGGUUCAGGACCAUCCUCAUUUCCUCCAUCAUAUACUUCAUGGGUAUGAUUCUAAUGACCUUCUCGGUCUCCAUCGUCCCGAGGCAUAACCGGGAAGCAGUAUUCUUCAUGGCGUUGUAUAUACUGGCCAUCGGGGAAGGCGGGCACAAGCCGUGCGUGCAGACUUUUGCAGCUGACCAGUUCGAUGAGGACCUGCCGGAGGAGAAGAUGGCAAAGAGCUCCUUCUUCAAUUGGUGGUACAUGGGGAUUGUGGUCGGUGCUACCGCAGGCAUAUUCUUCGUGAUUUAUAUCCAGGACAAUGUUGGGUGGACUGAGGGAGCUCUGGUGCUAGCCGCAGCAGUUGCAAUUGCCCUGGCCGUGUUCUUGAUGGGCUCUAAACGGUACAGGCGGCAGGACCCAACUGGAAGCCCAUUCGCGCAGGUUGCCCAUGUGGUCGUGGCCGCAGUGAAGAAGCGGCGCCUGCAAGAGGCCGGCAAUGGGAGAGACCUGUGUUAUGUUGACACCAAUGCAAGGGAUGGGGCCCACAAGGAUGGCUCUCGGGCCCGGGCACGGUCUCUUGCCCGGACCAGCCAGCUGAGAUUCUUGGAAAAGGCAAUGAUCGUCGACAGCAUAGACCAAUCAAGCAAAGCGAGAGAUCCGUGGCGUCUCUGCUCGUUGAACCAGGUGGAAGAAGUGAAACUCGUCUUCCGGCUCGUGCCUAUAUGGCUCGCUUGCAUAAUGUUCGCCGUAGUCCAGUCCCAGGGGCACACCUUCUUCGUAAAGCAAGGAGGCACGAUGAACCGAUCGAUCGGCGGGUCACACUUCCAGAUCCCGGCAGCUUCACUCCAGGGAUUCUUGGGGCUAACCAUCCUUGCUGCCACCCUCGCCUAUGACCGUCUCUUUGUCCCGGUAGCCCGGAGGAUCACAGGGCAUCCGUCUGGGAUCCCAAUGCUCCAUAGGAUUGGGAUUGGCCUAUUUGUAUCCAUCAUCAACAUGGCCGUCUCGGGAUGCAUCGAAGCCUGGAGGGUCAGGACCGCGGUGGAACACGGCCUCAGGGACAACCCUAAAGCGAUUGUGCCAAUAAGCGUCUGGUGGCUCCUGCCCCCAUACAUGCUGUGCGGGAUAUCCGAUGCAUUCACCAUCGUUGGCCUCCAGGAGCUGUUCUACGACCAAGUGCCUGAGGCCAUGCGGAGCAUGGGGGCGGCUGCAUACAUAAGUGUGGUAGGAGUGGGGAGCUUCGUGAGUAGCGGCAUCAUAGCAAUCGUUCAGGCGAUCACCGCCGGGAAUGGUGACAAGUGGCUUGGCGACAACCUCAACACCGCUCACCUCGACCGCUACUACUGGGUGCUGGCCGGGCUGAGCGCCAUAAACCUUUGCAUCUACUUGUUGAUUGCAAGAGGCUUUGAGUACAAGAAGCUGGAGGAUGAUGAUGAGAUGAUACAGCUUGGUGAGAAGCAGAUCAGUGUUAAAGAUGAUGUAUAAAAGACCUAUGGACAAUAGAACAGAACAUCAUGUUAAUUAGGUGUUUCAAAGGAUUAAUGGUUCUAGGUGGAAGAAAGUAUAGCUUCUAUAUAUAGUGAAAGACAUGUCAAUUUCUAAGGUGCUAAGAUAUGCCGAUGUUUUAACUCAGUUCUGCAUCGAUCUAGUCGGUGUUGUUAUCCCGUGGAUCUCUCGUCUCCUGAGCAUCAUAUCCGACUAAGAAGUCCAUCUAUAUGCAAACGGUUGGUCUUUUCGUGUUA